CUUUCACUGUUUUAUAUCAUAUGAUGGGCGGAAUCGGCGAUUCGAUCCGUUCGCGCGAGUCUCGGAGUCUCGGAGCAACAGGGCUUGCGGCUGCAAAAAAAUUUAAAAAUUUUUCAAAUUAUAUAACAUUAAAAUAUCAUCUGUUUUCGAUAUAACAUUAUGCGAUAUAGACAUCCUUUUAAGAAUAUUUCGUUCAGCACGUGAGAUAGGCGUAUCUUUGGGAUUAAAACUCGUUUUGAAUGUGUCGGUGAAAGAUUCGGCGAUCCUUUGUGUUCCUCGUGAGGAGAUUUUGCUUGCGGAAGAAUCGAAUAUUGUAUAAAUAGACUUGCUGCUCGUGAUGGCGAUCAAUUAUGCGGAUUUCAUCGCGUCGAAACGACAGAUCUUGCUUUUUCUAUUUACGUUGAGCCAAGUUAGUAACGGUCACAAUGAGGAUGUACAUACUCUCCAGUAUACUAGCGAGAAUUUCUCUACAGAGAUUGAAACAAUGGAUCACUUUGUUAUGUUUUACGCACCAUGGUGUGGACACUGCCAAAGACUUGGUCCUAUAUGGGAGCAAUUAGCAGAAAUAUUAAAUGAAGAGGAUAAUACUCUAAGAAUUGCCAAAGUUGAUUGUACAACUGAGAUCAUUCUGUGUAGUGAACAAGAUGUUACUGGCUAUCCCACGCUGAAGUUUUAUAAAACUGGAGAAACCAAAGGCAUCAAAUUUAGAGGAACUCGAGAUUUACCUUCUUUGUUUGCCUUUAUUAAUGAACAACAAGCUAGUUCCUUUACGUUUGAAGAUGUUGCACCAUCUCCCCCAGAAGCAGUGAACGGAUUGUUAGAAUUAACAGAAAAAACAUUUGAAAAACAUGUUUCUUUUGGACAUCAUUUUGUCAAGUUUUAUGCACCUUGGUGUGGACACUGCCAAAAAUUAGCACCAACAUGGGACAAAUUAGCUAACAGUCUUUGUAAUGAUGAUAUUGUUAGUAUCUCUAAGAUAGACUGCACCCAGCAUCGUAGUAUUUGUGGCCAAUUUGACAUUAAAGGAUAUCCCACAUUGCUGUGGAUUGAAGAUGGAAAAAAGAUAGAUAAAUACACAGGUGAGCGCACUCACGAAGAACUGAAGGCCUACAUAUCGAUGAUGUUGAGUAAGAGUGCUGACGAAUCGAGUCAACAGAGGGAAGACAAUGAUAGUGCCCUGCAUGCUACAUUGAGCUUGACAGCUGAUAGUUUUCAGCAUGGUAUUGAGAAAGGUUUUUCCUUCGUAAAGUUCUUUGCACCCUGGUGCGGACAUUGCAAACGCUUGGCACCCACAUGGGAGGAGUUGGGUAAGAAGUUUUUCACUAACAAUAACGUAAAUAUCGCUAAGGUCGAUUGCACGCUCGAUGGAAGCAAACAAUUGUGCAACGAACAAGAAGUGGAAGGUUUUCCGGCAUUAUUCUUGUAUCGAGACGGACGUAAAGUCUUCGAGUACAAUGGCUCGCGUAAUCUCGACGAUCUGUAUGAUUUCGUAAUAUAUCAUCUUCAAAAACCGCACGACGAAUUGUAAUCCUACUGUAGUUAAAGUACUGCAAUAUAAGUCACACUACAGUAUUUCCAAUCAAGUAAUUAAAUUAAUGAUACGUAUAUAUAUGUGACAUUGUAUCUAUCAUUCAUCAUCAGACAAGAACAGGAGAAUAGCAAUCUUUUUCAUUUUUAUAUCUUGUAUGACAAAGAAAAAAAAACAAUUAAAAUAUAACUGUAAUCUCCAAAAGUUAUGUACUUUCGAAAUAUAUAUUUAUAAAUGUAUUUAUUUAUAUAGUCCUUCCAUACUUACCAAUUAUUUUCUUUCACAUUUAAACUCAUUUUUAAAAAGAUAGAUUGAAAAUCUAUGCUCAUAUCAAAUUUAUUUAUAUAUAAAUAAGAGAAAAAUAAGAAUU